AUACCCACGGGACGCCCCCAGACGGUACACGGACGUCUUAUGCUGCACAAUAUGCUUCCAUAGACAUGGGAAAGUAGGGUGUUUUCCCUAAGAAAGAUAACGUUCAGUGUUAGCGACCACCUGACGUCACUUGAUUGUCUUCAGAUCUUGAAAGAAUGACCUUAUUUAAACAAGGAUCCAGUUAAAAGAGAAAAACUGACGUAUCAAGCAACCAUGGAAGGGAACCUGGAACCGAUCACGGAGGAAGAGGUCAAACAUGACAUGGAUGAACUGAACAUGGAGCUUCAUAACCUGAAGCACGAGAUCUCUAAACGCGAUGAGCAAAUCGCUCAAUUGCAACAACAGUUUGAGAACGAGACAGAGAGGAGCCGUAAAUUGAUGGAAUUAGUAAAGUCCGAGGAAACAAGAAAUUUUCAGAGCGAAGAUACGAUCUCGGAGCUAAGGCACAGAUUGGAUGAGAGCGAGAAACUUGUCCGUGAAUUACGCGAAGUGUUAGAUAGUCGGUUCCCAGUUGGUGAAACAAGUUCUCAGGAGGAGUACAGUGAGCUGAGCACAAGGAUUUCCGAUGGCGAAGAAGCAAGAAAGGAGAUGAAAGAGGAAAUAAUUGCAUUGGUUCAGCGAUGCAAAGAAAUGGAAGAGAAACUCGAAAAUGAGCGCAGCAGACUUGAGGAAGAGCAGACCGAGCAUGCAAAGGUUUUGAACAAGCUUGCACAGAGUGAGGAGUUGCUCAAGACGUUCAAAGAUGACACAUUCUUUGCAAGCGAUGAUGACACAGACGAGGAUGAAAACACGGCAAAGUAUAAGAAGGUAAUCGCAUCGCUGAAAGCAGGUAUUGAUGUCCAAAGCAAACGAAACAUGGAGCUACAUGAGGAAAUACAACGACUAAAGCAUUCCACGGAAGAUCAGGCAUCGCUCAUAGAAAAUAUGAAAAGUAAGGCAGCCAAGGAUCAGAAACUCAUCAAAGAGUUGAAUUUCCAGAAUGAACGCGAGUACAAGAAGAACGAGAAAAUGAAAGGCGACACACAACGAAUGAAGAAGGAGUUGGAUAGCUGGAAGCGGAUCCAGGCGGACAUGAAAAUGCAGUAUCAGGACUUGAGGGUUUUGUAUGAUGGCGUGUGCAAGCAUACAGAGGAGCAAAAACGGGAGAUUGUGGAGAUGAAAUUACUUAUGGAGAGGGACAAGAGAUCUAUCGCAAGACAGCGCGACGAGAUAGAGAAAUACAAGGGACGUGCAGCAUCAUUGAGACAGACCUAUGACGACCUGAAAAUAAAGUUCGACGAAAACGCUAAAACACUAGAAGAAAAAACUAACGAGGCCUCAGCCCUAGCAAACCAAGCAGCAAGUAACAAGAAACUGAUAUCAGACCUGCAAAACAUCAACAAGGAUUUAAAGAAAAGAAGCGAUUUUUCGCAGAAGGAACUUAUCGAGAAACAUAAACUUCUGAUGCAAGCCGAAGAAAAGAUGAGAGGGUUCCAGGAGGAUUUGGACGAGAAGGACAAAAUAGUAAAAGACAGUGCAAGGGUUGCUAGAGAGGCAGAAGAAAAAGCCUCAAAAAGCAGCCAAGAAGCGUCUACUAAGGAAAGAGAUCUCCAUGAUCGUAUUGAGUUGAUUAAGAGUCUCGAGUCGCAAGUCCAGCUUUUAACUGAUGUGAAUAAGAAGACUGAGGAAGAUAACGCCAACUUGCGUUACCUUCUUAAGGAAAAGGAGAACAUCAUCCACGGAAAGCAGUUCGAGGUCGAUUAUAAACAGAGCAGCGCUCGAGAAGCUGAGGAACGAAACGCAGAGUUGGGAAGACACGUGUGUGAGGUGGAGCAGCUUUUGGAAGACGCAAGAAAGGAAAUAGAAGAAAAACAGCAGACCAUAGAUAACUUAGAACACGAUAUUGAAACGCUGUGUGAGAAAGUGAAUGAGAGGGAAGCUAUUUUGAAUGAAGACAAAACCGAGGUACUAUGCGAGACGCCGGAAAACACACCAGAGGAUAUAAGUGGUAUGGAAGAGACUGAUAUGGAGAAAAAAGUAGGAGAAAUGAAAAUCCUGCUUUCUGAAAGAGAUAAAGAAUUAAAGGCUCUGAUAUCUGAGAUGGAAGAAGACAAGAAUGUCAUCCAUUUUCAAACACAGCUCCUGAAAGAUGUGGAGUCAAGAGUUGAAGAGGAAGAUACUCGACUGGAAGAAAUCGAGGAGCGUUUGAAGAAUAAGUGUGUCGAAUCAGAAACGUUUCGAGCAGCAUUGGCCGAGAAGGACGCCGAAAUGGAAGAGAUGAAGGUGGAGUUUAGAAAAGGCGUAGAGAUGUACCUUGCAGAAGUAGAUGAGUUGAACAAUGCAUUGGGAGAGGCAAGAAGUGAGAAUGAACGACUGCAGCAAGAAACGAUGGACUGGACUCUCAGUCGUAGCGAUGAAAUCUUGAAGGUCCAGGAAGAGAAAAAAGAGCUUGAACUACAAUUGACGAACGAGUUGAAGAGAGAGAAGCAGACGAGUCAAUCUAUGAUCAAGGACCUCAGGGAAGACAUCCGAGCUCUCACUGCCAAUCUUAAAAACGAGCGUGAAAUCUAUAGAUUCAAAGAGAAUGAACUGGAUUCGAAAGAAAGGCAAUUUAAGACGGAAAAAGAAAGCUUACUUGAACACAUCGAAGAAUUGCAAAGCCUUGUUAAACAAAAAAAAGAAGAUAACAACGUGUUAGAAGAAAGAUUGAUGAAUCAAGACAAAGAGAUGCAGCAAAUCGAACGACGACACGUGAGCGAGCUCCAGGCUGUCGAGGAGAGGCAGAGGAUCUUACAAGUCGAGAAUGAUAACUUGAACAAGCUUGACCAACAAGACAAGUUUGAUGAGUUGCGCGCUCAGCUGGAAAAUAAGAAAACACAAUUGUGCGAGGCAGAGUCAAGGCUAGAUGAAGCCGAAAAAAUCCACAAUGACUCUAGGAAAGAAGUCUUGCGUCUUCUUGAUGAAAAAGACGAAUACAUAAGCCACUUAAAACGCGAAAACUCAGAAUUGAAGAGGACAUUAGAGAUCGAAAACGAAUGGAUGGACGAAAAUGCUACUGAAACUCUAGGAAAAAAAUUGAAUGAUAAGAAAAUAGAUGAAGAGGCUCGAAUGUUAUCCGUACAAAAGAAGGUAGUCCAGAAACUGAAAACGGAUAUCGAAGAUGAACUUGAACUUGCUAAGAUAGAUGAGGACGAAGAAGGAUAUGGGGUAGAGGAAGAGAGACGGUACGAGCCCAGCAAAGAGCAUGAUCUCAAAACAGCCGUGACGAAAGCGCUUAUCAUCCUGCUAUUGACGCCUCUAGCUUAUCUGUUCUCUACCGCUGGUGAAGUCUGCUUGACGUUAGGAGCUGUGUUAGUUCCUGUGAUCUACUUCAUCUACAGGAAGCCCUGGUGUUCCCACGAGAAAGACCUUUAUGCUGCAUUAAACAAGCUGACAACAAGACUGGCUGCAGAGUGCGCGGAGACCGAGUUCUUAAAGAAAGCCAUAGAAAACAUGACUCAGGGACAAAAAGAACUGGGCUUGAACAACAACGCAAGUGACACACCGCCAACACAUGUAAAUCACAAGAGCCCACGCGGCAAAAUCUCUGCGCACUGCAAGGAUUGUGGGAAGCAAGGCGAUCCAGUAAUCGAGAGUGAUAACAGAAAACUGCAGCGACAACAGUCUUUACUGGAGAAGUUGAAUAUCAUACUUUAUGAGAAGAAUGCUCGAAGUCAUCUAGGGCGCUUUUGGGGAUAUGAGGAAUUGAAGAUGGCUUUGAACAGGUUGAGGCAUGAGCGCGAGAUAGAACAAGGCAAGCAGGGAGAACAGAAGGACAUUCAUCUCCACGAACGCCUAUCAGAAGUUGUUGAGGAAGCCGUCAGAGACGAAAAAAGACGCAAGUUCAAAGCCUUAGUCCUAACGAUCGUCACAUCCUUGACAGUUAUGUUGCUGUUUUCACUGAGGUCUUCGUCUCUUUUUGCUGUUGUAACGUCAGUUGUCGUGACGGUUUGCUCAUUCUUGUACGGCAUUCGAUCCUGGCGGAAGAUUGAAAAUUUGAAGUCCAAGUUGAGCGUGGAAAAGUGCAGAAUUGAGGAGCAGACGAAGGAGAUCAGUGAAUUGUUGAGUUUGUUGGACAGAGAGCACGAGGUAGUCUGUAAACAGAAGAUAGCAAUUGAGGCGCUUGAGCGAGGGUUUAAUGAGGAAUUCAGGAAAAACAAGGACCACCAGCUGACGAUAGCCAAGCUGACCUUGGUAUUUCAGGAGGAAAAAGAACUGCAGGAGGUAUUACGCCAGAAGGAAGAUUUUAAGGAAGCUACGUCUGACGAGGCGCAGAAGCAAAUUGAAGAUCACACUCGAAGUAAAUACCUUGUAUUCCGAAAUAUGCAGCGAGAGCUGGAAGAACAACAGUCGCACUCGGAAGAACAGCGGAGGGUUAUCGAUGAGUUAAAAACCGCAACCAGCAUCAUAACUAAUGCCGCUGCGUCACAGUUGUCCGAGUUAAGAUCCCAAAGGGAAGUCAAACUUACUGGCGACUCAAGCGUCCUUCAAGGUUUGAAAUACUUGUCUGGAGCAAGCCUGUCCACUUUAUCUGUGGCCAUGUUUUACACAGGCUAUCCUUGGCUAGCUAUUCUUCCUCUCGCAGGCAUCGCGCUCUAUUCAGUCAACAAGCGUGGAAUCAAGAUAAGCAAAGCCAGCUUUGCAAAGUAUGGUUCAAAGGUUACCUGGGCUUGCGCUUUACUGGUGUUGAUCUGUGGUCUUUUCGUAGCUUCAAGUUCUCUCCCAUCAGUGAGCCCAUCAGCGCGUGAGUUUGUAUGCUUAUCUGUUGUUCCCUCUGUUGUGAUUGUUGCGUUGGCCUAUUUACGACACAAAAGGAGAACAAUUUCAAAUGACACAGAUGACCUUUGGAACAGGAUUCAUGAGCGCACCCAACUGAUUGAUGUCCAAAGCGAAGAAAUACAGACCUUAAAGAAACUGCUCGAAGUAGAGCGAACUUACAGUCAAUACACUGAACAACUAUUAAAGGAGAAGAACGGAGGCGUUGAAGGUCUAGAUGGCAGGGACAGUCAUGAGAUUGCCAAUAAGAAAGCUAUGGAGGAUGACGAGAAAUGCCAUCAAUACGACUUGACAAGAUACGAGCUUGAUGAAGUCAAGAUAUUCCUAAGCGAAGAAAAACGGACAAAUAUAGAACUAAGAAAAUCUCUUGCAGAAGCCCAAGAAUCAAAAUCGUCCUUGACUUGUAAAGUACGUAAUCUAGAGCGAAUGCUGGAGGUGCAACGGCUAAGUGCUCAAGAGAAGUGCCAUCAGGGAGAAAACCUUCUGAAAGACCGCAUCCAGGAGCUUGUGGAAGACCUAGAAGGGGAAAGAAAAACUAAGCAGGAACUAAGCGCACAACUCAUUGAGGAAAGGAGCUUGCGAGAGCUGAAACAGAUUGAGCUUGCUGACCUUGGGGAGAAACUCCGUGACGAGCAGCAGAUUACAAUGAGUCUUAAAGAGCAGUUGAAGGCAGUUAAUAGAACUGAAGUGUUGAAACUGCAGCUCACAAGUGCUCAGCGCGAGCUCGACGACGAACGUUUAGCCAAUCAAAGUCAAAACCAGAGUUUCCUUGAAGCUCUUCACCGGCUUCGGGAAAACAACCUUGUGCUGCAAAGAGGAAUCCGAGAGCUGAAUAAAGGUGGACAAGAUAGCAGCUGUGAUGGACUUGGAGAUAUCCGUGAACAGAGCGAAGUGCAGCAAGAAGAGAUUGAAGGCUUGCAGACGCAACUUGAGGAGAUCAUCAAUGUUGGGCAUGCGCAGAAGUACCAGGACGUCAUUGAGGAACUGCAGACCCUCCGAAGAAAGCUGGAGUUUUACGAGAACCAGGGCAACAACGAAGAGAAGGACGGUGCAAAAAUCAAGAUGCUGGCGGAACUCGAGCACGAGCGAGAGAAGAACAAGAUACUGGACGAGGCGGUGGAAGAGCUACAGAGACAACAGAGGGAACAGCGCCUCAUGUACGAGAAGGAGAAGAUGAGGUCCAUACAGCUGGCGAGGCAGGUUUCCGGCGAAGAUAUCCCGCAGAUUUUGAUAGAGGAAGAAGCCAAGGAAGAUGUAGAGGAUACACGAGGCGUGCUAUACUGGCUGGGGACCAAUGGCGGCCUGACGGAAUGGAAAAAUCCCGGCGAGGCAGGCCUAGUCACUAUAACCCGCUCUUCCUACGGGCAUGGCAAAGCUACAGAUGCCGCUGACCGCAGACCAUCGUGGUGCAGCACCAGCAACAAACCCAACCAAUGGUGGAAGAUCGACUUCGGAGAUAAACGUACCGUGGUUGCCAAUGGUUACCGUUUGCGUCACGGCUGGAGUGGGAAUGCAGGUGCGUUACGUCAUUGGGUGCUAGAGGGUUCGAUGGAUGGACGACGAUGGCUGUUGCUAAAGCAGCACGAAAACGACGAUUCCCUAAAUUCUGCUUACGCCUCAGGAUAUUGGAAACUCGAGAAUAUCACGACAGGUUAUCGAUUUGUACGCGUUCGCCAGACUGGGCCGAAUUCCACCGGAACAAAUGCUCUCCGUCUAUGUGGCUUUGAGGUUUACGGGAAGAUCGUAAUUGCGGAGUGAUAGAAGGGGGAUAGAGGUAUAGAAUAAGGAAGGGGGUCGAUACGUAUUCUGUGAAGACAUAGGGAAAUGAAGGUGAUUAGUUGACUAUGUAUUGGUUUCUGUGGUUUGACGCGACGGGCUGGGGAGAGGACAGUCGUGCGGUAACACCACGAACUCAGUGAUUUAAUAAAUGAGAACAUUAUAGUCCAGAAGUCAUAAGGGCAAGGUUUUCCAGUAUUUUAGUAUUUUAAUAACCGCUAUGGCGGGCCAAUGCAGAAAGAAUCUAUGUAAUUUUAGCGAGCACAAUGUGAUAUUCAUAUGCUUUACUCGCAUGCAAUAUAUUCAUUGAAAUCAUAUCAUUUUAGCGAGCACAAUGUGAUAUUCAUAUGCUUCACUCGCAUGCAAUAUAUUCAUCAAAAUCACCAAUGAUGUGCAUUACAUUGACUAUUUAUAGCAUUGCUAGGAAAAUAUCAUACGGUAUAUAUAAAUAUAAACGCAUUUUCUCAAACAUGUUUUCAGUCAUACGUGGACGUCAAUCAUGACUUUAGAAUUUUUUCAAAAGGCCAUUCCAGUUAUAAGCAUGCGCGCGCACUCACCAUGGGAACCUACCUUAACUACCCGCAUGCAGCGCGCGCUUCGUUCGAUGUAAGCUUAAAAAAACGCGCACUGCAUUCUGGUAGUUGAGGUAGGUUUCUAGUGUUAUGUGCGCGCAAUCUUAUAGCUGGUAUGGCCUAUUCUUCACCUCACAGCUUUAUAUCGAUGACAACGAAAACAAAAUCAGUGGAUCGCCUUCUUAGCUACUGUCACCAAGAGAAUACCGAUAAACACAAAGCCAGCUAUUGAAUAAAGUUUCAAUUCUAUCUUGUCUGCUAUCUUUACGCCUGGAAUUUUUCGGCGCUCUCUCAUUGGUUAGCGGUCUAACGGCUGCCGUAACUGCGAAACGGCUUCCGUCACAAAAACAAAACAGAAACGAUUCGGAAACGAAAAACACAAGGCGCACGUGUGACUGAAAACAAGUGUACAAAUCAUUUAUUUGAUGACCUGUUCUUCGAUAAGGAGAAGUGUAACUACUUUUGGUUUUUGGGACCAUAGUUAGGACCAUGAAAAACUUAGGGUUAACUGUUACAUAUAAAUAGCAUAUGGGAUUGACAAAAUAUACAAUAACCAAUAAUUUUAGAUAUGUAUCUAUUGGGUGAUGGUUGAUAGAAAAUUCAAUAAAAUAACUAUAGACACUU